GCUUCUUCUUCUACAGUUUCAAAGAUUUUCAAUUGUGUAACGAGAAUUGUUUCUACUAAGCUUAAAUGUGUGAAUAUAUGGCCAAAAAAGGCCCAAGUUAAAGAGUUCAUGCCUCUGCAAUUCUUACAUCAAUAUCCAAAUUGCCGAGUAAUCAUUGAUUGCACAGAGCUCGAAAUACAGAGGCCAUGCAAUCCUACAGAACAGCAACUAACUUUCAGCUACUACAAAAAUGCCAAUACGCUGAAAGCACUAGUCGGCAUCUCUCCUUCUGGAGCAGUCACCUUUAUUUCAGAUUUGUGGUGUGGUGCAAUAUCAGAUAAAGCUCUCUUUUUAAAAAGUCAGUUACUUGAUUUGCUCGAGGAAGGAGAUUUAGUAUUAGCUGAUAAAGGAUUUACAAUUAAUUCAGAAUUAUCUAAGAAAGGGUGUCAUUUAAAAAUACCGCACUUUUUGAAAGGAAACAUUCAGUUCACUCUUGAACAAAGAAGUGAAAAUAAAGCUAUUUCCAAUAAAAGAGUGCAUAUUGAACGGGCAAUAGGAAGAAUAAAAAUAUUCCGCUAUUUUGAGGGAGCUAUUCCAUAUAAUAGCCUACAUAAUUUAAAUGAGGUGUUUUUUAUUGUUGCAUUUUUAACGAAUUUUAAUAAACCUCUGAUAAAUGUUUUACCAUUAAAUUCUGAAAAAAAAAAUAGUUAGAUGGUUAAUGUAUUCCCAAAUAUGUGUACAUAUAUUUUACUUCAUACCAUUUGUUAAUGGAAAUAUUUUUUGUUUUAUAAAUCUGUGUA